UGAGCGCUAUUGUUGAAAAAGUGUGUGCGCCCCUGAACGCUGGCGGACCUCGGUCUCCAACUCUGACAGAGCGGAGCGGAGCGGAGUGCGCUGCAGUGAUACACCUUUUGGUUUCCAGUCUGUGUGGACGCUAACUCUGCUGCGCUACGAGAAGUUUUUCAACAGUUUCGGGUCUUUGCAUCGAGAGACACGCCGAUAAAGUGGAUAAAAAGUUUUGGUAAAAGCUGUUCGAGCGCUUUCACGCGAACUUUGGAUUACAUUGCCAAGAGUUUCAGGCCUGACAUCACCAUGUUACCUUACUUCCUGCUCUUGUUACUCUCAUCUGGUCUCGUGUUAUCCUCUGACUGCCCGGCAGAAUGUUCCUGCCAGGUCCAGGAUUCUAUAUUCUGCAUUCAUCGACACUCCAGUACUGUGCCCCAUGUCCCUGCAACCACCCAAGAACUCUACAUCUUCCAGAAUGGCAUCAACACUUUGUCCCAAGAUGACUUCAAAGGCCUGGUGGAGUUGGAGAUGCUAGACUUGAGCCAGAAUGAGCUGUCAGAGAUUCCAGACGGUGUAUUUGAGAUGCUGUCUAAACUUAAGAACUUGGACCUGUCCUCUAACCAGAUUACCCACAUUUCUAAGAACAGUUUUUCUGGAUUGGUCCAGCUGGAGAGGCUGUAUCUCCAUGCAAACCGCAUUCAGAGCAUCCAUGUAGAGGCUUUUAACAGUUUAGAAAUGCUACUGGAACUCAAGCUCCAAGGGAACCAGCUCACCUCUCUGCCAUCCCUUCAUUUCCCCAGGCUUCUGCUCCUAGACAUCAGCCAAAACAACAUCCCAACUCUGGGACCUGCAGACCUCCAAACUCCCCACCUGGAGGCCCUAAAGCUGGCAUCUCUGGGGCUCACCUCUGUGGAUGAGGAUCUCAUAGCCUCUCUUGGGAACCUCCAUGAGCUCGACAUCUCCAUAAACCAGUUAGCUGAGGUGCCACAGGCCCUAAAGCAAGACUCGCUCAAGGGGCUGAUCAAGCUUAACCUGGCUGCCAAUCCAUUCGGUAAACUCAGGGUAGAGGACUUCCAGAAACUGACUGGACUUCAAGAACUGGAUCUCAGUGGACUUCAUCUCCAGGGAUUUCCCCAGGGUUUCUUCCAGACCUUCCCUAGAUUGAGCCACUUGACAGCAGCUGAGAACCCAUUCAACUGCUUGUGUCCAUUAGCCUGGUUCCCUGUGUGGUUAAAAGAGAAGGGUGUGAAUCUUGGUAGGCCUGAGGAAACUAGAUGUCACUUCCCUCCAGUUAAUGCUGGGAAGAUGCUUUCAGCACUGGAGCACAAAGAUUUUGGAUGUCCACCAACCACAACAGUGCUGAUUGGCUCCCCCAUUGGAAGUACUUCUGUUCCCUUGAUGCCCACUACAUCUCCCGAAACCACUCAUACCAAUGCUAUUCCUCCUCCUCCACCACCAAGUGUGGAAACUGUCUCCUCAAAAACAGACAGCUACCCCCUUCCACCAGAACCUCCAGUGUCUCCUAGCUCCACCAGCGGGGAAAACGAGCCACACAUCUGCCCACCAAACAUUUGCCUCAAUGGGGGCACUUGUAAUUUUGAUCCACUGGGUCAACUCAGCUGUCUGUGUCCCUCAGGAACCUCUGGCCUCUAUUGUGAAAAUGUGGAUGAAGUUCCUGAGCCACCAAAACCUUCAGCAACUGAAGUUGCCCCUCCAGUGCUUCCUGAACUUGAUGCCAUCAGCUCACGGCAGGUGACCUCCACAUCUAUCCAUCUUGAUCUGCAUCGUUUCAUUAAGACACGGCCACACAUCCGCGGCAUCAGGUUGACUUACCGAAACCUCUCAGGACCUGACCGUCGCCCCAUUAUCCUGAGUGUACCGGCAUCCUACCCUGAGUACACUUUACGUGGUUUGAUACCUAACUGUACCUACUCAGUAUGUGCCAGUCCCCUGGGUGAGAGAGUCAACUCUAGGUCCAACAGCUCAUGUACGGAGGCUCGCACUGAAGGGGUUCCACAGACAUCCUUAGAGCCCAGGGUGGAGACACAGAGCCAGGUAACAUAUACUCUAAUCCCUGCCCUUGCUGCCCUGGCACUGGUGCUGGGGUUGGCCGUGGUGGCUGGGACAAUCAUCUGUCUACGGAAGAGAAGGCAGGCCAAGGCAGGAAUGGAACUGGAGCUGGGCCCAGCUGAUCCUGAUCCCAUGGAACUGGAGGGGAUAAAGGCUUGCCUAGAGAAUGGGGGCAAUGGUACACUACCCCACAAACAGCCUGAGGUUGACCACUGCCACACCCCUCAGCCACCUUCAUCCUUGCAACAAAAUGGGAGCUUGGACUAUGAGGUACCCUUGAUGCAAGGACACUGCCCAUCAAAUAAUAAUCUAGCAUCCCUAAAGCCAUCUUAUUUCUAAGAUGCAAUAAAAUAUAAACACUUGGAAAGAUUUUGGCAAGUGGGCUUGCCCAUCAGGACUUGUGAAAUCCUGUUGUGGCUCACUUAGUGGUUAAAAAUCUUAUUCUCAUUCCAAUUUCACAUAUCCACAAUUGAAAAAGUGGCACUUACUUAUUUGGAAUUGUCUAAAUUAUAACACUACAGAAUGGAUCAUCUAUUUUGAAGAUACUAAAUGAUGAAUUUAAGAUUAUGAAGAAUAUUGGAAAUCUGCUAAACCACUGUGGGACAAUAAACAGGAUGUGGUUUAAAGUCAUCCAGCCAAGUUUGAUGAUGGUGAGACUUAACGAAGCGAGUAAACUAAGUGCAAUCGACUAGAGGAGUCUUAGUAGCAGACUGAAAACGGAAGUGCCUUUUCGCAUUGACACAACUGUAAUUGACAGCUCAUUUUUGAAAUUUCUUUGUUUAUAUGAAAGAAGCUACGCAAAUGAGCUGUAAUCUUGUUGCUGGAUUUAGGAGAUACAGUAAGGAGAAAAGUGCCUCAGCAUUUGGGCUACAGAAGUGGAGGAAAUGACAGUGGUUUAAUGAAAACAGGGAUGCAGAUGUAGACGUGCCUGGAACACACGUCCUGGUACAAAAUGGGGUUUUGACCAACUUCAACUCCAUGCUCCAUGCUCCAUGGGAAUUAUAAAAAGAACUUGCACUGAAAAGAAAUAUUGCCUUUCAUUUCUGGUGUCCCAGUCAUGAACUGCCACAAGACUGAUGGUCACAUAAGGAAAUGCAAUAACAAGAAAACAUUGAAAAACUACUUAAAAAUAGAAUAAAAAUAAAAUAAAGCUAGUAAUAGGUUGAUGACCAUAAAAGCUGCCUAAACUCCAUAUUUUGCUGUUGACAUUAUCUAACCUGACACAAAACUUCCAAGUUUCUUCACAUGCAGAUUUAGAUUUUUCAGUGUCAACAGAUCUACAAUAACUCUUUCCACACAUCCCAAAAGCUUCUGGCUUUGCAGGAGAUAAAUUUGCUGUGAAAGAUAAAUGGACUGAACGAAGAGCCAUUGUGAAUGGACUUUGCCUGCAAUGUUCUGUGCUGUGAUGAGAAGGCCAUUUUGUCUAGCUGAUAUGAUAUUCUGUUUUUGUUGUGUGUGUGUGUGUGUGUGUUUUUUUUUUUUUUGUUUUUUUUUGUUUUUUUUUUGGUGUUAAUGUCCAUUCAGUAUUGCUGUUGUUGUCAGUUGCAACAUUAUUAAUUUUCCCCCUUGAAACUGUGCUUAAGCUGUCAUGGAUUUGAUCAUUUUCUAUUUGCAUUUUAGGUUAUAUGUUGUGAAAACCUUCCUGAGCUCCUUGCAAUGAGUCUAGAAGUAAAUACUAGUUAGUCCUUGAGUCCAGCACUAAGAGCAACCAGCAAUAAGCAAAUAUCUAAAAAGUUUUAAUUAAAAGAUUACAUUAAAAUUGUUAUCUUUACAUUGUGUACAGAAUGUUUUUUCACCAACAUACAGUAAAUCCGAGGAACUCGUUGAAUGAGUCUAAGUGUGUCAGACACUUUAUUAUUUCUGCCAGCGUUUCAUAAGGACAUGGUUAAGACAAGCCUCAGACGGUUUUUGACUGCCAAAGCUCCCAAAACUGUGUUCAAAGGCCUUUUUGCCACAAAGCCCACUCCUAUAAAGUGGCACAUGCGUGUGCUGAGAAUAGAAGGCAAGUUCAAAGAGAGUCAAGGCAAUUUGCUGUGAGUGUCAGUCAAUUUCGCUCUUUCCUUUUGGUGCUGCUGACCAUAUCGCUUCUGAGAUAUGGUCAAGACAGUGUUCCCCUGUAAGCUUUUCGUUCUCUCACACCCUCUUGCUGGUUCUCUGGACCUCCACUUUAACCAUCCAGUAUGUUUUUGCUCAACAACGAUAAUUGGCUUGUGUGUUUGGAGACUUGUUUUGCUUGUUUACUGCCAACCAGACUGUGAAAUGCACCGUUUUUAGGUAUUUAUUCUCUUUUUUCCUGUCUGGGAAUGGGAAUGCCAAAAGCUUAUAAUGUUACUUUUCUUUUUUAUAUAUUGAAAAAUAAAUCAUGAAAAAGAUAUGGCAAAGUAUAAUAGGUUUACAGAGAUGUGCCUUAGUGACAUUGGCGCAGAGCCUUACUGAAAUCUUGUAGCAUCAUAUUACAUGCUGAUGUGCAUUGCAGGAACAAAAGGGCCUUUAUUUUGCCUCACAAGACAUUGCAUUAUACUAUACUACAAACUAAAAAUGAAGAAACGUGAAAUGUAAUGUAAUCAAUUCAGCCAGGUUUCAAAAAAAGACCUUCCUCAGUCCUGGGGUAUCCAACAGCUGAAAGCUUAGAUGACUGGGUAUUAUCAUCAGUUGGUUUGUACAGGUGUGUGUGUGUGUGUGUGUGUGUGUCCUUUUUGUUAGUUUGUUUUGCUUCCACAUCUACAAUACCUUGUCUGCUUUACAAUUGAGUCCAUGCAGUACACUCCAGCACUGUCCAAAAUCAACUCGCCAUUCUUUGGCUUCACUACUUUCUUCACUCUGUCAAUAUUCCAGUAUAAACACAGACACAGAUGCUCAUAUAUCUCCCUCCAAUAUAUCAACUGGAAGACACUCUGUAUUGCUUUGGAUGGUGAGAGGGGCAGGAAAUGUUUGAAAUAUUUUCAACAUGUUUGUUACAGUACCUUCCCUGUUUAUUUAGGGAACCUUUUUUCUUAUUGUUAAAUGUUUGUCAGUUAUGUUUUUGUGUACAUGUUUGCUAGAAAAGCAAUGCUGAGAAAAAGAACAGUAUUAAAAUGCCUUAAUAAUAA